GAUGAUAUUAUAAAAAAUAUCGAUAUCUACCACAAAAUAGGAUAGACUUAUUUUUUAUUUUAUUAAUUACAAGUCUCCCAUAAAUAAAUAAAAAUACAUUUUCUUUCUAGACCAUUGUAAGAGUCGUAAACAGCCUUGAUUAAUGUAAGAGUUACGUAUACAGACAAAUCAAACGAUUAUUCAACCGAUAUAUAUAUAGACAAUUAUUAAAAAAAAAAAAUUGUCUAUAUAACACGUUUUCUCAAAUAAUUGUCUAUAUAUAUAUCGGUUGAUCUAAGCUCAGUUCUUCAUCCAAUACACAAGAGAGAAGUAAGAAGAAACAGAGUAGCAAACAAUGUCAACGUUCAUCUACUUCCUCUUUCCUUUAGCUAUCUUUGUAGUUUCCUUCUUCAUCAUAGCAAAGAAACACAAACCCUCAAAAUGGAAACUUCCACCUGGUCCCAAGACACUUCCGAUCAUCGGAAACUUGCACAACCUCAAAGGACAGCCUCACACGUGUUUUACAAACCUCUCCAAAACAUACGGACCAGUGAUGCUUCUCCGUUUCGGAUCCGUCCCCGUGGUCGUGAUCUCAUCUAGAGAAGGAGCAGAAGAAGCUCUCAAGACCCAAGAUCUCGAAUGUUGCAGCCGACCAGAAACCGUCGCGACAAGAAUGAUCUCUUACAACUUCAAAGACAUAGGGUUCGCUCCUUACGGUGAGGAAUGGAAAGCGCUGAGGAAGCUCGUGGUCGUUGAGCUUUUGAACAUGAAAAAGUUUCAGUCGUUCGGUUGCAUCAGAGAGGAAGAGAAUAACGUGUUGGUCAAGAAACUAACCGAAGCGGCUCUGACACGUUCCCCUGUGAAUCUGAAGAAGACCCUUUUCGCGCUCGUUGCGAGUAUUAUCUGUAGGCUCGCGUUUGGGAUAGAUAUCCACAAAUGCGAGUUCGUGGAUGAGGACAACGCUGCGGAUCUAGUUCACAAGUUUGAGUUGCUCGUUGAUGGUAUUGCAUUCUCUGAUUUUUUCCCUGGAGUGGGUUGGAUCCUCGACCGAGUGUCCGGACAGAACAAGACACUGAACAAUGUUUUCUCGGAGCUAGACACUUUCUUCCAGAACAUACUCGAUGCUCAUCUUAAGCCUGGAAGAACAGUAUCCGACAACCCUGAUGUCGUUGACGUGAUGGUUGGUUUGAUGAAGAAACAAGAGCAAGAUGGAGAUUCUUUCAAGCUCACCACAGAUCAUUUCAAAGGAAUCAUCUCCGACAUAUUUCUAGCAGGAGUAAACACAAGCGCCAUCACAAUGAUAUGGGCCAUGACGGAACUGAUCCGAAACCCUAAUAUAAUGAAGAAAGUGCAACACGAGAUUCGGACAACACUUGGGGACAACAAGGAGAGACUCACAGCAGAUGACCUAAACCAUCUUCACUACUUGAAGCACGUGAUCAAAGAGACGUUUAGGUUACAUCCAGCAGCUCCACUCUUGCUCCCGAGAGAGACCAUGUCUGAUAUCAAGAUCCAAGGAUACGACAUCCCCAAGAAAUCUCAGAUGAUGAUCAACGUUUACUCGAUCGCACGCGAUCCAGAAAUUUGGUCAAACCCGGAUGAGUUCAAUCCUGACAGGUUUAUCGACAGUUCCGUGGAUUACAAGGGACUGAACUUUGAGCUUUUGCCGUUUGGUUCUGGUCGGAGAAUAUGUCCCGGGAUGAAUAUGGGAAUAGCUACCGUAGAGUUGGGACUGCUAAAUUUGCUCUACUUCUUUGAUUGGGCAGUGCCUGAAGGGAAGACUAUCAAAGACAUGGACCUGGAAGAAACAGGAUCGCUCAUUAUCAGUAAGAAGUCAACUCUUGAGCUUGUUUCGCUUUUAUAUAACUUAAACAAAUAGUCCAUAAUAAGAUACAUGUAUUUGUACUCGGCUUCGUAUUUUUGAUUUUGUAAUAUUUUUUCUUAUAUUAAACAUUAUAUCAUAUAUCUGAAAGAUUGGGUUGUCAAAUCAGAUUUUCAUGAUCUGAACAUGAGAAAUGAAUUAAUUAAGUUUGAACUAA